CUGCGCAUGCGUCGGUCUCCAUUUUAGGUCAUGUUGAAAAAAGGCAAGAAGACUAAAUGAUGACAAUAUUUGUCCUCUUUUCUUUUCUAUUCUCAGAUCAUCGAUUACUGUCAAAACAGCUUAGGCUAUAUUAGCUUGUUAGCAACAUGUGCUACGCAUGCGCCGACCGCCACUUUACAGCACAAGUUUCGAUUGCGACGAAAGGAUUUGAAGUUAGCGAGACGACAAGAAUGUUGCGGCCUUUGUUGGAUUUCUCUAAAUGUUUUGCGAAAGUUUUCCUAAGUCGUUAAUUGCAGUUUGGGCAAAAUUUGUCUCAGCGUCACUCCGAGGCUUCUCGGGCUAGCUUAGUUUAGUUUAGCUUAGCUGGCUAGCUGCUAACAAAGAGACAAAGCCGGAAGUGAUCGACAGGUCGCUAAAGUGUUGUGUUUGUGUGAAAAUGUGCAAAGUAGAAAUGCUGAGAGUGUUGGUGAAGCAGCGACUAACUGCUGCUGUGGAAGAAAUAUUUGUAGUGUUAGAAAGAACCAUAGCAGAAUACGAGGAGGAACUUUCUAGAAGAAAAGAGGAGAACGAGCGACAACGUCAACUACUGGACGCUCUUUUCAACAAACAUGGAGAAGAACGACAUGCAGCAGAAAUGGCGACGAUGACAGCAGGUUUUCAUGUCCAGCCCUUCAUGUACCAUCCAGAGUCUGAGGAACAAGCAACUUCUCAACCAGGCCUGGAAAUCAAGCAUCUCAAAGAUGUCCAGCACAUUAAAGAUGAAGGGGGAGAGCAUCUUGAAGGACUGGAGGCGUUCCCUGAGGUCGGUGUCCCUGUGAAGAGUGAAGAAGAUGAGGUCAGAGGUGAAAGUGAGGAGAGGAGAGAGGUGGAGCCUCCAAGCAGCAGCUCAAGUCAACACUUGAUGACAGAAGCUGAUGCUGGAGGGUCACAAGCGGACUUUGCUCCACUGUCAGAUAGUGAGGACAUGACGCCACGCUCCCUUGAAACUGACGACGAAGACUCGAAAGCUGCUGCGACUUGUCACGCUGACGACACACACUGGAAACAUUUUUCCUGCACUGUGUGUGAAAAAACGUUUUACGAUAGAAGCAACCUGAAAAGACACAUGAGAAGUCACACUGGGGAAAAACCGUUUGUCUGCACCGUUUGUGGCAAAACGUUUGCGUACAAGGGAAACCUGACAACGCACACACGGACGCACACAGGAGAGAAACCUUUUUCCUGUGCAAUGUGCGACACACAUUUCAGUGACCGUUCGGUACUGAUCCGGCACAUGAGAAGACACAGCGGUGAGAAACCCUUCACCUGCUCCGUGUGCGGCAAAGCUUUCCCGGUGAAGGGCUCGUUGACGGCGCACGCCAGAACACACAGCGGAGAGAAACCCUUCACGUGCUCAAUUUGCGGCAAAAAAUUCUCUCAAAAGUCACACUUGAGAACACACGCAAGAACGCACGGCGGGGGGGAAACGUAUUCCUGCUCAGUCUGCCACGCAAGUUUUGAACUCCAUUCCGCUUUGUUUUGGCACAUGACGACUCACGAUGCACAUUGACGCCUCCGACAAGCGGAGAGCGGACCUAGAUUGAAAAAAACAACGGAAGAAAUAAGGCUUUGACAAACUUAGACUAGUAAGCACAUUGAUGCUGUAAAGAAACUUUAUUUGUGUCGGUUGGUCCAGUACAUUUUUUGUAAGUGUUACUAAAUUGCCCGGCCUGAUAGUUUGGAAGUUAUGAGACAAAGAGCCAAUUGUGACAAUAAUAAUGAGCCUUGCUCUUUGUCCCUCGCCACUAGGGGAGCUCCAGAGCAGUGUUGUUCAACCUUUUUUGGAGCCAAAGCACAUUUUUAGCGUUGAAAAAAUGCGGAGGCACACCACCUGCAGAAGUCAUUAAAAAACAAAACUCAGUUGACAGCAAAAAGUAUUUGUCGCAUUAGUUGGAUAUGACUUUAAAGCAUAAGCAAGCAUGCAUGACUAUAGCUCUUGUCUCAAAGUAGGUGUACUGUCACCACCUGUCACAUCACACCCUGACUUAUUUCACUUUUUGGCUCUUUCCCUGUGUGUAGUCUUUUACUUCUUGUCUUGCGCUCUUAUUUUGGUGGCUUUUCCUGUUGUGUUGGUAUUUUCCUGUAGCAGUUUCAUGUCUUCCUUUGAGCGCUGUUCCCAAAACCUACUUUGUUUUAGCAGUCAAGAAGAUUUUAGUUGUUUUUAUCCUUCUAUGUGUGGACAUUGUUGAUUGUCAUGUCAUGUUGGGAUGUAGAUUGUGGACGCUGUCUUUGCUCCACAGUAAGUCUUUGCUGUCGUCCAGCAUUCUGUUUUUGUUGACUUUGUAGCCAGUUCACUUUUAGUUUGGUUCUGCAUAGCCUUCCCUAAGCUUCAAUGCGUUUUCUCACUUUUGUUUAUUUUUGGUUUAAGCAUUAGACACUUUUUUACCUGCACACUACCUCCCGCUGUUUCUGACAUCUACAGAGCAAUUAGCUACCGGCUGCCACCUACUGAUAUGGAAGAGUAUUACACGGUUACUCUGCCCAGCUCUAGACACUCAACAACAACACAUCAUUUGUAGACUAUAAUUACUGCUUUGCAAACAAUAUUUUUAACCCAAAAUAGGUGAAAUUAGAUCAUCCCCCCACGGCACACCAAACUAUAUCACACGCUGCGGCACAGUGGUUGAAACACACUGCUCCAGAGCAUGUGUGAGGUGUCUCCAGGAUUCCAAAUAUAUGUGAAAGCAGACAUUGUAGCAGCAGGAAAAUGGUUACGUGUGUAAUUGGUAGAUCCAACGUCAUUCCAAAAAGUGACUUCAUUUAGUAAUAAACGGCACAGAAGUAAAGGAGCAGUGUGGAUAUCAAUGAUAUUUUAUUUAAGUGAAGCCUCGCUAGUGCAAAAUAGUAUCAAGUGAAAAUGUCCACAUUGAUGUUUAUAUAGCAGGGGUCGGCAACCCGCAGCUCUGGAGCCGCAUGUGGCUCUUUAGCGCCGCCCUAGUGGCUCUCUAGAGCUUUUUCAAAAAUAUAUGAAAAAUGGAAAUGAGGGGAAAAAAAACAUAUUUUUUGUUUUACUUUGGUUUCUGUCGGAGGACAAACAUGACACAAACCUCCCUAAUUGUUAUAAAGCACACUGUUUAUAUUAAACAUGCUUCACUGGUUCGAGUAUUUGGCGAGCGCCGUUUUGUCCUACUUAUUUUGGCGGUCCUUGAACUCACCUUAGUUUGUUUACAUGUCAAACUUUCUAAGACGUGUUUAAUGCCACUUCUUUUUCUGUCUCAUUUUGUCCACCAAACUUAUUACGUUGUGCAUGAAUGCACAAAGGUGAGUUUUAUUGACGUUAUUGACUUGUGUGGAGUGCUAAUUAGACAUAUUUGGUUGCUGCAUGACUGCGAGCUAAUCGAUGCUAACAUGCUAGUUAGGCUAGCUGUAUGUACAUAUUGCAUCAUUAUGCCUCAUUUGUAGCUAUAUUUGAGCUCAUUUAAUUUCCUUCAAGUCCUCAUAAUUCAAUUUAUAUUUCAUGACACACUAUCUGUAUGUAAUAUGGCUUUUAAUUUUUUGCGGCUCCAGAUAGAUUUGUUUUUGUAUUUUUGGUCCAAUAUGGCUCUUUCAACAUGUUGGGUUGCCGACCCCUGCUAUACGGAAACACGAAAUUAAAUUGGAAAAAUAACAGCAAACUUUGUAACAUCGUACUUUAUCUUUGGAAUAUUGAGGCAUUCUCCUGUCGCCGAUGUACUAAAUAAACCUCAAUAAUCUCACAGUAUUAAUUGGUUGACAUUGUAUUCAAUUGAUCAACAAAAAGUAAGGGAAAUGCGAGGGCCUACAGCAGAGGUGUCCAAAGUGUGGCCCGGGGGCCAUUUGCGGCCCGCAGGUCGUUUUUUAACGGCCCCACGGCACAUUUUCAAAAUAUGAUUGAAAAAAAUGAAAAACAUAAAAAGUGGUAUAAAAGAGCAAAUGUAAAAUGUGACCGGAACAUUUUGCAGUGUUGACUCUAAUAACACAAAGCUGCCAUGCAGGCGGUUUCUUUCUUUAAAAAAAUAAUAAGUGAAUCAAAAUCAAUGUCAUGAAUUAUUGACCAAUUCAAGGCUCCAAUUACGUCACGUUAAAUAUUCCACUUGGAGAUAUUUUUGGGGGCAAAUGUUGGAUAUUUUAUGUUUGCCAUAUAAAAACUGAGCUGUUUUUUUUUUU